AUGUCUAAUACAGCAUACUCUGCUGCGGCUUCUGACGCGGCAUGCUCUACGAGUCCCGCUCUCCGCCAACUCCGGGAUAAAAAUGCUGCUAUAGCUAGAAAGCGAAAAGAAAGCUCGGAGGAGUAUAUACUCAAAGAUCAUUCCCUGGAGGAGGUCCGUCGAGACCUACGAGAGCACUGCAGACUCAAGCUCGAAUUAUGCCGCUCUAAGAAGGAAGAACUAAGAAUGGAACGGGAGGUGAUUGAGGAACAACGGGAUCUAACGACAGAAGAUAUUGAACAUUACGAGACGCACAUGCAGGAAUUGGAGCAGGAGAUGUACAUUCUCCAGAAGGAACCAGAUCGCCUUGUUGGAAUCGCCCUCCUCGCCAACCGCCAGAAUCUUGCACAAAGCUGGGUACAUCUAGCUAAUGCAUACGGAAUGGCCCUGGCUACCAUUACAUCAAGUAUGGGCAUCAGCGGAAAAGAUGAUAAAAUAUGGCCUCAUGGAGGACGUGAAGAGGUUGACCAGACCAAUUUUCGUCAGCUCUUAAUUGCCCGUUAUGAAUCAGGCCAACAAACAGACCACAGAUGGUGCCCCAUCACAAAAAGACAUCACCAUUACAGCAUGAUACGAGCUGCGCACAUUAUACCAUAUGCUCUUGGUGAGACUAACGCUGCCUUUCUUUUUGGCUUACCUCUUGACAGAGGCUAUGAGGCCAUAUGGAAUCCAGAGAAUGGCUUGUUUCUUCUGAAGGCUAUCGAAGAAAUGUUUGAUCUUGCAGUCAUUCAGAUCGUACCAGGCUUGAAAGAAGACCACAAAACGCCAUGUCUCAAAGUGGUCGUCCUGGAUCAGUCAUAUCCUUUCGGCGAAGAUAUAGCAGGUAGCUUGGAUGGAAGGGAAUUGGAAUUUCAGGAUGGUAAUCCAGCACAACCAGCAACUGAGUACCUCUAUGUCUCGUGUUUGCUAGCAGCACUACGGAGGAAGCGGUGGGGCUGUCAGGGCUGGAAGGACGACUACAGGAAGCUGUUUGAGGAACCCUCAUGGCCAAAAAUUCCACUUAACCUUAGCCGCAGCAGUUUAUUUGCUCUCGCCACUGCGUGCAACGAUAUCGGUCGCUUUGAGGAGAUCCUGAAGCAGUUUAACUUCGAAGAGACCUCUUCUUCAGCCAGCUCCGAGUUUGACGAAGCCACUCUUACGCUGGCGCUCUUCAGCAAACUCCCCGAAUUUGAUGAGUUCGGUGAGGUGUGGUCGGAGGAUAGUUUGACGGCCGAGUUGAAGGCACAGAGAGACGAGGCACAGGCCGAGUUGGCAUUGCUAAAGGCGCAGAAAGACCAGGCAGAGGCUAAGCACAACAGAGAGAGACACAUGGCACAGGCUGAGUUGGCCUUGCUAAGGGUGCAGAAAGAGCAGGCAGACGCCAAGCGCGAUAGCGAGAGAGACCUGGCACAGGCUGGAAUUGCCGUGCUGAGGGCGCAGAACGACCUGGCAGAGGCCGAGCGAGAGAGAGAGAGAGACCGCGCACAGGCUGAGAUGGCCGUGCUGAGGACACAGAAUGAUCAGGCAGAGGCCGAUCGCAAGAGAGAGAAGGAGCAGGCAGAGGCUGAGCUUGUGGUUUUGAGGAGAGAGAAAGCGGACUUGGAGACGCGCCUCGCUGAGUGCGAGUCUGAGAACGUACAGCUUCGCAGGCAGAAGGAACGAAAGCCCUCAUCAUUUGGUGAGACAAUAUUAGCGAAGCUACGACGAUAG